UAUCGCAUUCCACGCGUUAUUUCCAUUUCAUUCGAGAGCGGAAUCAGACGUGGAUCACAAACGGCUCGAAUAGUACAUCGAAUUGAUCGUGGUGUUUUCGAAAAAUCAGUUUUCUGAUUAGCGAAGAAAGAAAAAUAUUAUAGAAAGAAAAAUGGGUAAGGCAAAAGCAUUGAAGCAUAAUGCAAAUAAAGGAAAACAGCAGUUGCAUGAAAUAAAAGGUGGUUCUAUAAAAAAGAACAAAGAUUCCAAACUCAAAAAUACAUCCAAAGGUCAAAAGCAUACUCCAAAUAAAAACAAGGUUCCAAAGAAAUAUCAAAAGCCUUCUCCAAAUAGUAAUGCAGCAAAGCAAUCAAAGCAAGAUUCUCCAAACAAAAAACGAAAUUUAAAGCAAAGCACGAAUUCAAGCAAAGCACAAAAAAUUGGUAAGAAGACUUUCAACUCUAGAAAGACAGAAAAGCAAUUGGAUAAGUCUAAUUCUAACAUCACUGAAAGUGAUGAUAGUUCAUUUAAAUCAGAUGAAACAUUUGAAACCGAUUCAGAUGUCCCAGAUAUUUUUGACAAGAGCUUAGCAGAAUCAGACGAUGACGAUGAAGAUUAUGAAAAGGGUGAGGAAGAAGAAGACAUGGAUGAUGAUGAUGACUCUGAUGAAGAAGAGACAACAGUUGAUGACAAUAGUGAUGAAGAAGAGAUGAGUGAGCGUAAAGGUGUAAAAAUGUUUAAAGGUUUACAAUCUAAAACCAAGAAAAAUAAGAAAGUUCAGAAGAGAGAUGAUGACACCGAUGAUGACGAAGUCGAAAGCGAUGAGAGUACAACUGAGAAUACAACUGAGAAUACAACUGAUGAAUAUGAUACAGAUGAAGAUGAAGAGAUAAGAAGAGAUAAGGGAGAGAAAAAGAAAGAUAACAUUAAAAAAUCUAAGUUUAAGAUUGUUAAACAAUACGUUGAAAUAGAUCCUAAAGUAAAGGAAAAUUCCAAUUUAGAUUAUAAUACUUCUGAUGAUACUAAUGACGAUAGCGAUGAUGAGGAUGCAGAAUUAGGUACAAAAGCACUUUUGGGGAAAAGUAUUGCAGACGACGAUGAUGAUGAAGAUUUUAAUGCAGAAGAUGAAGAUAGUAAUAGUGAUGAAGACGAUAUUACUAGUGAAGAAGAGUCUGAGAGUGAUAAUGCAAUAAGGAAAGCCAAUGAAGAAUUCAAUAACUGUAUUAUAGGAAAAUAUAACAUAACAAAAACAGAGAGAGACAACCUAGCAAGAAGAAUUAUUCUCAUUGAUAAUAUUCCAAAACCAACGCCAAGUUACGAGAUUGCAGAAAUGUGUGCUGAAUUUGGAAAGUACGAGAUAUUUGAAGCGAGACCUUAUCCAGCAUUCUUCACUGAUUUAAAAAUGCAGCCACUAGAGCCUCUGGAUUGGCUAAAUCGGGAUUAUCCAGAUCUAGAAACAUUCUCAGUAAAUGUUCUAUAUAAAAGCAGACAAGACGCUUUAAAAGCAAUGAAGCAUAUGCAUGGAAUGAUGUUUGCUAGAAAUUAUUUAAAUGUGAUAACUGCUGAUCUAACUGAACAAGAGCCUGACCAUGCUGUAUAUGUAACAAAUAUAAGAAAAACAAUGCCUGACAACGAUCUCUGGGAAAUGUUUAAGCAAUGUGGAAGCAUAGUACGUAUACGAAACGUACGUGAUCCAAUAUCGGGGCUAAAUAAAGGUUUUGGUUAUGUCUCCUUUAAUAAUGAGGCGGCUGUAAAGUAUGCUCUUACAUUAGACGGUGUAAAACUUAAUGGACGGCGAAUAAAAGUGCUGCCAUAUCCUUAUCGUCGAAAUCUAUCUCUUAACAAUUUGACAGAAGAAAUAAAGCGAAGGAAUCAAGGAAUAAAACGAAUUCUUUCGCUUGGAGAUAUUCUAUCAUCAAAAAAAUUUAAAAAGAAUUCAGGAGAACCUGCAGCACGUAAUGUUGAACCUGAAAGAAACAUUAAGAAACAUAAAAAGCAAGAGGAAGAUAAAAAAAAGUCUACUGCAUUUCAAGGUCAAAUGGUCGAUUUAAAAAAUAAAAGGAAGAAAAACAAACUUGAUAAGAAAAAGAAGAAAAUGGCAGAAAAGCUUACAGCUAAAUCAAUUAAAAAAAAUUAA